CAACGUCACAGGCAACGGCCGCCAUUUUGACUGAGCAACCCUAGUGACAGGAGCCGAAGCAGCAGCGCAGGUUGUCCCCGUUUCCCCUCCCCCUUCCCUUCUCCGGCUGACUUCCCGGGACCCCUACACUCCACAGUCCCGGUCCUGCCAUGUCCCAGAAACAAGACGAAGAGAACCCUGCGGAGGAGACCGGCGAGGAGAAACAGGACACGCAGGAGAAAGAAGGUAUUCUCCCUGAGAGAGCUGAGGAGGCAAAGCUAAAGGCCAAAUAUCCAAGCCUAGGACAAAAGCCUGGAGGCUCCGACUUCCUCAUGAAGAGACUCCAGAAAGGGCAAAAAUACUUUGACUCAGGAGACUACAACAUGGCCAAAGCCAAGAUGAAGAAUAAGCAGCUGCCAAGUACAGGACCAGACAAGAACCUGGUGACUGGUGACCACAUCCCUACCCCACAGGAUCUGCCCCAGAGAAAGUCCUCGCUCGUCACCAGCAAGCUUGCGGGCAGGUUGCUUUUGAAAAUAGUGGAAAGAGUACUGGGUUAGGAGUCAAGAUAUCUGGGUUCAAGUUCCACUCAGUCUCAGCAGAACGGAUAUAUAAAGCUUGGUGGAGUCAUUUAGCCUCUCUGGAUUUCUAUUUCCUCAUCUGUAAAAUAGAGUUAAAUAUAUGUAAAAUUGAUUCUGAUCCUAAAAUUCUAUAAUUGCCAGCAGAAAAACCCUGUGCUGUUUAUUGUAAAAACUAAUAGUGAGGAAGGCCCAUGGGUGGUAAGCCCCUGUGAUACUGGGAAUGUACUACAGAGGAGAACCAUUUAAGGGUUACAUGAGGAGAGAAGAAGUUGAGAUUGGGGGAUUAUAAAUUUAGGCAAGAGAACCUCAUAGAUAUCAUGGUCUUGAGGGUCAAGAAAAAACUUUUAAGAAACUACCAUGGAAACCUCUUGCCUCUGACCCCACCCACUUUCCCAGCCUAAAUCUGGGCUUUAGCUGCUAAAAAGCUGUUAGGGCAGCAGAUCUGUGGGCCUGCGGAAACGUGUUCAGUCAUGCACAUGUGUUGACCCAUGUUUCAGAUGUAGUCAUAUGCCAAGCCUAUUGUUAGGGAAAGAGGAGGAAAAGGGAAGGGAUAAACUGAGCUAGCCCCUGGGGCUUAGUACUACUAUAGGGCUGCAGCAGCAAGUUCUUAAGAGAUGAUUCACCUUGGAGGAAGCUGGGGAAAGUGGUUAGGGAGAGAAAGGAGGAAGACUAAGAAAUCUUUUCCUUCCCAGAGCUCAGUAACCCAGCUCUUGUGCGAUAAGGAGAGGUAGCAGUGCUGAUUCAUGAACAGGUAGAGGAAAGGGGUUGCAGGUGACCAGCAUCUCCAAUCUAGUUAACACCAGCUUGGCCUGAAUCUUAGUGAAUGCAACCUGCUAGUUAAGACAAAGACAAAGGGUGAGAACUGUUUGUUCAUAAAAACAAGAUUCUGUAAUCCUGUCUUGCCUUCUCACCUCACAAAUUCUGAUAUGCCAAACAUUUGGGCCAAUGAGAAUGACUGAUAAAGUUGCUGAUAUGCAUGUGGGGGAAUGAGGUGUGUACAUACUUCUCUCCUGACUGACCAUCCAGUUUUCAGGCUGUCAUGCAGAUUGGAUAGGAAAAAGUUGGUGAGGAAGGAAUGGAGAGAGCAGGAUCCCUGGACUCCCUAGCCCCCAAACUCCUUGACUGUCACUUGUAAUUGUAUAUAAUUUUUGUGUUUCUUGCUCCAUUUCCUCAUGCUGUCAUCCUUAAUCUAAAGUCCAUGUGGGAAGGGGAAAAUGCCGAACAUCGUUGUAUAGUUUCCUCAACUGUCCCAGCCAUGUGUACAUAGAUAUGUCAUGUUAUUAUAUAUAUAAAUAUAUAUAUAAUUUUGUACGUUUUCUUCA